AUGAGUUUAGCCCUUAAUUCCAAACCUUUCCUUGAUGGACUAACAGGAAAGCUAGUGAUGGUGAAACUUAUGUGGGGAAUGGAGUACAAGGUCUACCUGAUAUCUGUAGAUGGCUACUUGAACAUGCAGCUUCCAAAUACAGAAGAAUACAUAAAUGAGGCAUUGUCUGGACAUGUGGGUAAAGUUUUAAUAAGGUGUAACAAUGUCCUUUAUAUCAGAGGUGUAGAAGAAGAAGAUGGUGAAAUGAAAGAAUAG